AAUCUACAAAAUGGACAAAAGUGUCUGCCAACAGAUAUACCCUCAUAUCUUCCCGUUUCAAAGUCCACACCUAAACGUGCACAGUGUAUCGUGGAUACAUGUUAAGUAUUUCUCUAAACAUUAAUCUUGCUUAAAAGUAUAAAAUUUCAGCCUCUACCAGACGUACGUCAUGUGAAAAUACAAAUAAAAGCUGCUAGAUAUGUUAUGUUAUCUAUAUUACAAUUUGUUGUUAUGCAUAUCUGUUAAAUGCUGUGUAUUUUUUUGUCAGCUGCAUUCAGUUUUUACGUUACAGCGCACAUGUUCUAUGAACAGUGUACAAGGUCAGCUAACCGAGAUAUGAGAAUAUACGAGAAGAUUAUACUGUAGAGUUCACUACACUGCUUAAAAUGUUAGUAACAAGGAGACUCAAUGUGUUGUUAAGUAAAAUAAAGGAAACAGCCAGUAUAUGUGACAGGCAUGCCUCUCAGUUCAGCGUGGGUGUGUCUGAACCCAGUGAGCCCAGGGUGGUUACAGACAUUCCCGGACCUAAGUCAAAACAGCUGAUUCAGCAGCUAGAACAAAUACAGAAUGUUGGUGCAGUUCAUUUUUUCUGUGACUAUGACAACAGUCAUGGCAAUUACUUGGCUGAUGUAGAUGGCAACGUUAUGUUGGACUUGUACACGCAGAUAUCAUCCCUACCUCUUGGUUACAAUCAUCCUGCAUUGAUCAGCGCCGUGUCCAAACCUGAAAAUCUGUCCACUUUCGUGAACCGUCCAGCCCUUGGGGUAUACCCACCAGCUGACUGGGUGUCAAGGUUACAGAACGCUCUAAUCUCUGUUUCUCCGCCAGGAAUGACCCACGUACAGACAAUGGCGUGUGGAGCUUGUUCUGUGGAACAUGGUCUGAAAGCCAUCUUUAUCAAGUAUAUGAGUGACCAGAGAGGAGGUGAGGCACCAAGCAAGGAAGCACAGGAGUCAUGUCUAGUCAAUAUGGCACCGGGGUCACCCCCUCUGUCCAUUCUCUCAUUCAAUAACGCGUUCCAUGGGAGAACAAUGGGAGCGUUAGCAUGCACACACUCUAAAUGGCUGCACAAGUUGGAUUUUCCAAUGCCAGACUGGCCUCUUGUACGGUUCCCAGACCUGAAAUAUCCUCUGGAAGAAAAUGUCAUGGAAAACAGGGCCGAGGAAAACAAAGUUCUAGAGGAGGUUGAAGACAAAAUAGAGGAAUAUAACAAGAAAGAUAAACCUGUUGCCGGUAUAAUUGUAGAACCUGUACAGUGUGAAGGGGGAGAUAAUUUUGCCUCAGCUGAAUUCUUCCAGGGACUAAGAGAUAUAACUAACAAGAGAGGUUUAGGAUACCUCAUGGAUGAGGUACAGACGGGAUGUGGGGUGACAGGAAAGUUCUGGGCACAUGAACAUUUCAACCUUACUGAUACCCCUGACAUUGUCACAUUCAGUAAGAAAAUGUUGACGGGAGGAUUCUACAAGAAAGCAUCUUUUCAACCUAAAGAGGGCUACAGGAUUUUCAAUACAUGGGUAGGCGACCCUAGCAAAAUUGCUCUUUUGGAAGAGGUUGUCAAGGUGAUUAAAGAGGACAACAUACUGGAUGGCGUCAAGAGCACAGGAAACUAUCUUUUGUCUGGGCUAAAACAGAUGCAGGCAAAAUAUCCAGGAAUAUUGUCGAAAUCGCGGGGACUUGGAACAUUGUGUGCCCUGGACUUUAACACUGCCGCUACUAGAGAUAAAGUAAUGGCUGAUCUUCGUAAGAAAGGAGUUCACACAGGCGCAUGUGGAGAGACCACACUCAGGUUUAGACCGACCUUGCUCUUCCAGAACAAACAUGUUGACGUGUUCAUGGAACGAUUUGACGACGUUCUCUCACAACUCGACAAAUGAAGCUACAAAGACUUAUUCAUAAAUACAAGAACCUCAAGGUCCAACUGUUAAUUCAUUGAGUAUUUAUACAGAAGAACUUUGCGCCGGACAUGCAAAGCUGAAAAGCAUUGUAUUGUGAGGGACUAACGACAUUAAGCUAAUGUGACAACAGUUCAUGUAAUCACAAGCUGAAAAUGGUGUUUUCAACAAUAUUUGUUAUACACGUUCUACAUGUUGAACAUACUUUGAUACAUUAAAUGACCAUCAAUAUGGUUUAAGACAAAACAAAGUACGAUAGACUGUAUAUUUGUUUUAACGUCUAUCAUUGAUAAAAAUUAGGCUGUUAAAAGUUGAGCAUGAAAAGAAAAAGGUAUGUGCAUCAUUUAUGAAUUUUCGUAAGUGAGUGUUUCGAUUUGUUUUACAGAAAUGGAAUCUGAUUCAAAUUGCUUAAAUCUAGUGUUAGCAUUAAAAUUAUUAAUAUAAUACGCAGUAAUGUAUAAGUGUGUAAAAUCAUGUGUAAAAGCCAGCGGUUCACUGUCAGACUAUUUUGACAGUUAUAUGGGCUUAAAACAAGGGGAACCAUUAUGCUCCCUUCUUUUCAUUUUAUUCGUUAAUGAUACGUAUGAUAGUUUAAAAGGUAACAAUGCCAAUACAUUUACUUCUGAUGAUAUACAAAUAUGCUUGCUUCUGUUUUCAGGUGACACAGUAUUAUUUUCAUAUUCAAAAGAACGAUUACAGUUAUUGCUCAAUAAAUUACAAACUUAUUAUGAUAAAUAGCACACCCUAUAAACGACUGUAGCCCCCUCUUCCUCUUGCGAGUGAUCAAAACAAUAAACUGACAGCUAAAAGUUAAAAAAUAACAUUUUAAAGUGACUAAUUUGCUUUGAAGGUAUGUAUAUUUACAUUUUAUUGGAAACUGAACAUGAUUUGUUUCUGUAUAUAAUGUGUUAGUCUGAUGACAGGUAGAAUUACAGCAAAAAACCCGAUUGAUCACUGAUUUUGUCCAGAAUUGUACAUUGUCCGCGUCAAAAGUACUUAUUUUCUUGCUUGAAGAAUGACCUACAUGUAAAUUUCGCUGUUUCAUGGAUAAAGAAACAAUACUAGUUUGGUAAAAUAAAAUCAAAUCAUUGAUAAAUUCUCCAAUUUGUUUAUAACCGUCAAUGAAAGAAGAUUUGGUGUUAUUUCCUGACUGUAUGCAUGCUUGCUUUAAUACUGUACAAGUCCUUGCGAGUUUCGUAAAAAGACUGUAUGCCUGUUUGUGAGUGACUUCUUUAUAAAAUAUCGUCGUUUCCUAUGCUCUUGUAGUACUUCUUCAUAAUUAUAACCCGCAAACAAAGUUUGAAGGAGGGUGGAAUAUAGCAGGCAACAUGCGGUUUGUCUGUUUGGUCCGUUUAUAUAUGUGUCCUCAUAUAUUUGAUUGUGCAAUUACUUCAAUGCUAUUACACCUACCUCUCUCAAAGAUUACGUACAAACAUCGGCAAUAUAUACUUAAUGUCCAUCUUAUUAUUUUCCUUUUUCUUUUUAAAGUAACACUUAAAGGUGAAACAUGGUCUGCUUUUUUUUGUGUCAGUGCCGUAACUUAUUUAUGCAUUAAGGGAUUUUGAAAUAACUUGGCAUUAACUUCACCAUCAUGAGACCAUAAUUAGACGAUGUGUCGCAUACAAUUCUAUACUUUCUAGAAUUUCAAACCAUUGAAACCAGUAUAUAAUUGCAACUACAAUUAAUAAGAUGUGAAAAUAUGAACAGUGAAUGGGGUGAUUUGGAGUGAAACGGCGCAAGACUGAAUCCACUAAUCCUUUGUGGAUCGCUUUCUUGACAGUGUCGCACAGUAAACAACAUUAUUUUAGUUUUGUCUUUGUAUUUGCCAUAAACACACGAACUUUAACAUGAAACUUGUCUUAUUUUACUGAAAAAACAUUCUGCGAAUGAAAUAAGUUCCCAUUUUACAAGCAGAAGUGCCAUUAGAGGAAAAAAAUGAGGGUUUAUUACCUCACCGAGCAAGAAGUGCUCAAUGUGAGCUUUUGUGAUCACCCUGUGUCCGUCGUCCGUCGUCCUUGUCCGUCGUCAACAAUUUGACUGUUAACACUCAGAGGUCACAUUUUGGUCCAAUCUUAAUGAAACUUGGUCAUAAUGUUACCAUCAAUAGAACCUUUGACGAGUUUGAUAUUGGGUCAUCUGGGCUCAAAAACUAGGUCACCAGGUCAAAUCCGCAAGGACAGAUUCCUGACGUGUUAUCACUAUCAAAUGUAAAUUAUUUCUAACCUGAGAAAUAGCAGUAAAUCUUGGCAGGUAGUAAUCAUGACGGCUGUACUACUCGUGCACGGUAUUUGUAACGAUAACAUGUUUAUGUUAUUAUUGAGGAAGGGGGAAUCAGGUAGUUCAACCAUUAGGCCAUUCGUGACAAAAUAGUUGUACUACUUUUGAAUCAUGUUGACUGGUUUACCAUGAAGUAAACUCUGAAUUACUAAUAAGGACUUACUCGACUUUUCCGGUAAUGUUUUCGUUAUCCUUUUCUAUUUAUACGUUUAUUCGCAGGAUACUUGUGGGUGAAAUUGUGUUUUUCUUAAAUCAGAGGAUCAUUUUGUUACAGACAGACGGGGGUCAACCUAUAGUCCCCUUCUGUCUCAUCUCAUAUUUAUUUUAAAAUCGUCAGGUAACCGUGAUUUCCGUAGGGAAUCGACGGUUAAUUUCUUGCAUGAAAUAGUAGGGACCCUGUUUAUACUUUCCGUUUCUAAUUCGUUUUUUAUGAUAAUAUAUGUUGUGACAGGAUGGACGUACCGGGGACAAUAACUAUCAGAACAAAUCAACACCCAUUACAAUAUUUAAAAAUUUAUUUACGGAAAUGAUUAUUUACAAUGAAUAAAUGAAAAGUGAAAAGAAAAUCUUAUUAUAAGAAAGAAAGAAAAAAAUCUGAGCUCAGUAACUCUUUUAAGAAGUAUAAAGUUCUAACACUGACUGUUCGUUGACACAGAUGUUUCCGUUAACUUUGAACUUUAAGUAGCACAAAAAUACAACAUAUCUUCAAGCAAAGUCCCUUUAAACCGUGAAUACGUUGACUCCGUUUUGGCUCCCUAUGAUGGUAGGUGAUUGCAUCCCUGAACUGACUUCACGGUUUUUGGCACAACCAUGGGACAAAAGCUCUGCGCUGGGAAAAUCACAUCCAGGCGAGUGAAGACAAAUGAACCUCGGGUAUUGUACUUCCGGGUCGUGACAGCAUCACCAGGUAAAAGUCGUCUGGUGGAAGAAGCUAAAAUACAUGCAUAUAACAUAUGGUAAGCACCAUAGCAAAACAAAUAAGUAACGGCAUAAAACUGCUCCUUUGGGUACACCAUACCUCCAUUGGCUCCCAUAAAUGAUACGUGCUACUUACACAAAAUAUAUGUGCUACUAAGUUCAUACGUCACGUGAUUAAAAUACGUCACUUAUUACUUCAAUUAUUUCUAAAAUUACUAACAAGUCUAAAGUUAAAGUAUGGAAAAGAUAUGAAAAGUUUAUGAUGGAAAAUUAUAGAUAAGGAAAUGAUAAACUGCAGCUAUUAUUUACAAUCACAGAUUAAUACGAUGCAAUGCGAAAUAAACGUAAUACAAAAGUUAGCAUGAAUAUAAUAUCAAUUUGACGUAAAUUCGUCUAAUGUCGAAAGUGAUGUGCACUAGGCAUAUCUAGUCCAGUCUAUUUGUAGGGUAAUGUCCCACCAAAUACUAAAUUUCAUGGGACUUACGGCUUAUGCGUGUACUCUGACUAUUUGCUUUUUCACGGGAAUCACGAUAUAGCCGGGAAAUCUGACCCGUUAUAGUGGUUUUGGGGAUAAAAACAUGAAUUAUUAAAGUUUAUAAAAUACCAACUUUCUUGUUACUGAACCGAAUAUUAACUUAUGAAAAACAGAAAAACAUGAGAGGUAUUUUAUGCGUACAAUCUGACAUUUACCUCAAUAACUCAAAAAUUUGCGAAAAGAUGAUGCAAUACCUGUAUUUACACUACAGAUACAUUGAGGCCCGUAUGUCAAUUUGUGACAUAUGUGUGUAAAACCAACACUGAGUACUUGCAUGAAAACGACGCUGAAGCAUUCAAUUAAUUAUUUAAUUAAGUAGGAUAGCGAGUCACAGACACUCCAUCUCCGCCUCCAAUGGAUUAGUACAAGCAUCGCACGAGGGGUCGACAUUAAAUGACAUUAUAAACAUGACGACUGAUUAAAAGAGACAAUUUUGUAUGCAUUUUUUAAAAUUUCAUUUACGCCUUUAAAGGACAUAAAUCUCCUACUGUACUCGCAAGAUGGAAUACAGUAUCACUCGCAAAUACGCGUUCAGAUCAAAUAUCAAAAUUGGCAAGUCGGCAUACAGUUAAUGUUUUUACACAGACUAGAUAAAAAUCAAUUUCAUUCGAAAACGCAAUAAAUACGAAACAUUUUAUUACAUAUAUUUAUGGAGUAUGCUUACAUAUUUUUACCUGUCAGUUUCAUCUAUUAUAUCACCAUAUACACAUAUUUAUGUUAGACUUAUCGUUAAACUUUAAUACACAUACAGUGUAAAGCAAAAUAAUGAAUUUGAAGACGAUUCUUACCUUUCGCGUGUCUGUUUAUUGUUUUGAUCACUCGCAAGAGGAAGAGGGGGGCUACAGUCGUUUAUAGGGUGUGAAUAGGGCAAACAAAGAAGGGAAGAGUUAUGAUGCAUCAUUGCGUUUACCAUUUUUGCAAAAACGCUAGAAGGCCGCCUUGUCAGCGAACACAUUCUUCAGAACUGUAAUUGUUAAUUAAUAGAUCAAUGGUUUUUACUACAGUAGUUAAUGGAAUAGUAUAUUUGCCUUCUAAAAAAAACUUCAGUACUUUGACAAUAUAAAUUUUACAAUGUCACAAUAAUACAGUACGAGUAGAGAUCACUGGUACAUGUAUAUAACACAAAGGACGUCAGUAGAUCAAAUAACGCCAACAUGUACACAUGCUUCCCAAAAUUAUUUCUAUUAAAGGAGAAUGAUACUAGUGAAAUAAAAAAA